AUGGCCGAGAGCGCGGGGGCAGGCGCCGGCGGGGGGUGCGGAGCGGGGCUGGCAUGCCGGGGAGUGGGCGCAGGCAGGAGCCCGGGGCUCUCGUCUGCCCACCCUGGUGACCUGGGGAGCCCCCCAGCAGCAGGACGGGCCCCCCCGGGGCUGCCGUGCCCGCAGAACGCAGCGCGGGAACGGAGCCGGGUGCGAGCGCUGCGCAGGGCUUUCCUGUUGCUGCAGGCAGCCCUGCCCGCCGUGCCCCCCGGCACCAAGCUCUCCAAGCUGGAUGUCCUCGUCCUGGCCACCAGCUACAUCGCCCACCUCAGCCACGGCUCCUCUGACACCUGCGCUCCACACCAUUUAUUGGGGGGACAACAAACACGGAGACGGGUGACGGUGGGCUGGGAGGAGGGGGCGGCGCGCGGCGCCCUGGGGGCCUGGGCAGCCCCCGGCCCGGGAGCGGUGCAGUAA